AUGAUGUGGCCUCGGUUCAAACAAUGGCUAUCGAACUGGCCGUCUCGAUUGGUCUUCCGCUACCUCAGCACCCUAUUUCUCAUAUGUUUCGCUAUUACCAAUUAUAUAUUAUGGACCAGCAGUCAGGGCUGGGAUGUGACAGAACCCAAGGGUCCAGUCACCAUGGGCCCAAAGCAUCCAAUUAAGAAGCUCAUGGCAGAUGCCCGCGCUCGCCAUGAGAGCCUCCUUUCAAAACGAAGCCAUGAUCUUUAUGAUGCUGCCGAGCGUUAUCGUGCCCGCCGAGGACGUCACCCACCACCAGGUUUCGACAAGUGGAUGGAGGCUGCGCUCGCUUCCAAUAGCAUUGUGGUAGAGGAUUAUUUCGAUCGCAUAUACAAGGAUUUGGCUCCAUAUUGGGCGCUUGACGCUCACACACUAGCUAGGCGCGCAUCUGCCUGGCAUUGGGUCGUGAAAGUUCGCAAUGGCGAGGCCACGGGUGUUGGUGAUGCAACCGAUCGUGUGCCGUGGCUUGAACUAUGGACCAACCUCGUCAAAGAGUUUGCAAAGGAUUUGCCCGAUGUCGAUAUGCCAAUCAACUACAUGGAUGAACCUCGACUUCUUGUUCCUUUCGACGAAUUAUCCAAACUUGUCGAUCAAGAACGCGACAAUCGGCGCAUCGCUCCUAUGAAGGAGGUCUUCACAAAGUUUAAGACUUUGUCCAAGCUCGACGACGAAAAACCUCAGCCUUACGAUCCCUACUGGUACAAUAGCUCAGCUAACUAUUGGGAACUCGCGCGUGUGACGUGUGACCCCAACGCUCCGUCACGCAAUGUUCAACAAGUCUCAGACUUUAAGGCUCCUGUUGAAUAUCCCUCAAAUUGGGACCCUGAGUACGCUUAUAAGGGUUAUAUCAAAAACUGGACCGCUGCCCAGGACCCUUGUUUACAACCACAUCUGCGCCAAAUGCACGGAAGCUUUGUUGCGCCUCUCAGUUUGUCUACUUCUACCGAAUUGAUCCCGUUGUUUGGCGGAUCUAAGCUUCCUAUGAACAAUGAGAUCCUGAUCCCUGGCGCCAUGUACCUUACUGCAGAUGAAUUCUAUUCUGGAGGGGAGAAGAUGGGUCCAGCAUGGCACGCCAAGAAAACCGGCAUUGUUUGGAGAGGUGAUGCUUCUGGCGGCGAGCCGAGAGCUGAUGUCUGGCAUCGCUUCCAUCGUCACCGUCUUAUCCAGAUGCUUAAUGGUUCAUAUGUUGACAGUGUUGAGCAUCAAGGCGUCAAGCCCAAAACAUUUCAACUGCCAAACCCCGACCAUUAUAACAGCACCCAUCGCGCCUCCAAAACUAUUGGUCAAUGGCUGAAGCAGAUCUCUGAUUGCGGGUUCAAACGUCUUCUAUGUGAAAAAGUUGGCUGCGAUCCUGUUGCUCCUUAUUAUCGCGAAUUGAAGCAUAUGACCAUGAAGGAGCAGUACCGCUACAAAUUUUUGCCUGAUACCGACGGCAACUCAUUCAGCGCCCGUUUUCGUGGCUUCUUGCGUUCCUCGAGCAUGCCUCUCAAGGCUACUAUCUAUGCUGAAUGGCAUGAUGACCGCCUUACUCCAUGGGUUCAUUUUGUACCCUUCGAUAAUACUUUCCAGGAUCUCUAUCCCAUCCUCGAAUUCUUCACGGAUGAAGAAGCCGGCGGGGAUACCGCCGCGCGAUUUAUUGCUGAGAGAGGAAGAGACUGGGCCAGCCAAGUCUUGCGUCGCGAAGAUAUGCGACUGUACACUUGGCGCCUCUUGCUUGAGUGGGCUCGAGUCUGCGAUGAAGACCGCGAGAAGCUCGGAUUCAUAAGAGACUUGAUAGAGCCCAGAAAGGAUUCAAUACGAUAA